GAUUUUUGGAGCAUACGACGACGACUGGUUGGAGCACGAGAUUCGAUCCACGGGGAUAUUCGAUUCCUCGUUUGUUGUUCGACCAUCCGCCGGCAACUCGAGGAUUUCCGAACAAGAUACCACUUCUAUUCGAUACCCGAGGAUAUUCCAUAUCCCGUUCGUGUGUUCAUGACUGGUCAUGGCUAUGGCGCUUGCUAGCUGCGCUCCAGCAGUCUCAGGGAGAUCCAUCACUGCCAGCGGUAGCAUUGCAUCUCGGAAGAAAAGGUUCCAUUGCAUGGCUUCGACUGCAGAGGUUUCUAGCUGGGAAGAAUUGUCGGAGAAAGUAUCGAGACUGCCGGGAUACAAUGCAGUGGCAGCAGCUGCCAGGCUCCCAAACGUUCAACAGCGGGAUUUUGGUGAUACAAGCAUCGCACAGGUUGUUUUCUACAGGGACAACUCGUCCUGGUGCCCGUAUUGCCAGAGAGUGUGGCUGCAGCUUGAAGAAAAGAGGAUUCCUUACAAGGUUGAAAAGAUAAACAUGAACUGCUAUGGACCGAAGCCUGCAUGGUAUCUCGAGAAGGUGCCUUCUGGACUGCUUCCAGCUCUAGAGCUCAAAGGCCAGCUUUUGACAGAGUCUCUGGACAUAAUGCUGAUACUGGAAGAGGCUUUUCCGGAACGCCAUCCUCUUUUGCCACCCAAAGGUUCUCCCAAAGCGAACGCCGUGGACGGCUUGCUGAGACUGGAGCGACUUCUCGCUGGCGCGUGGCUGAGCAGGCUGAGAAGCUUUUGGACGAAACCGGGACAGUUCGAAGGUGCAAUGGACGACGUUGAUGGCGCUCUUGCGAAGUUCGGUGGUCCAUUUUUCCUCGGUGACACGUUUUCUUUGGUGGACGCUGUUUAUGCUCCUUUCCUAGAGAGAAUCGCUGCCAGCAUGCCUUACUGGCAAGGAGUUAUGAUCCGAGGUGAGACUCGGUGGCCUCAUCUGCAGGCCUGGUUUGAUGCCAUGGACGCGAAGCCAAGUUAUCAGGCCGUCAAGUCGGAUGACUACACUAUAACUCACACGUUGGAACCUCAAAUAGGAGCUUGCAGAGCACUCCCGGCUGGCGAGGCAUACAGAGCCAAAGUUGAUGGGAAAGAUGGAAGCUGGGAUUUGCCACUAAAAGCAGAAGUGACAGCGUGGGGACGAGAGGAGGGAAAUGGGAAUAAAGCGGAGGCAGCACAGACUCUUGUUGACAACAACGCAGCAGUGGUCGGUUUCGCUCUCCGGGCCCUCAACAGCGAUGAAAAGUAUCGGGAAUCUGUGGAUUUGGGAUUCCGAUGUGUGGCGCAAGCUCUGGUUGACGGAGUUGAAAGUGCAGCUCCUCCUGCCGUUCCUCAGCAUUUUUCCAGAGAGGUGGCGAAAGCCGCUGCAUAUCUGCGAGACAAAGUUGGUGUACCUCGUGAUUUGAGCUAUCCGGCGGCCAGACAGCUCCGAGCUCAUUUGCACUGGCUGGUAAAGGCGCUGGGAUCGGAGCUCUACCAGUAGGGAGAUUCCAUACAAGAAGAGUUUUCCAGGAGCGCAGAACACGUUGGAAGCUGCCACAAUUUUAAGCUCGAGAACCAAAAUGUGUAAACUUUUGGAGACAGCUCCCUGAUGUCGUCUGGCUCAAAUCUCUCUCGCUGGAUAGAUUAAAUCGUCUAAGCAACCGCAGCAGUCACUUCGCAGGAUUGGCAGCAGCAUGGGAGACUAGAAGAGCGGGAAAGCAAGAGACUUUUUGGAAGUUUGGUGUGAGGUGAUUGCAAGGGGAUGCGACAAGCAGGCUGGAAUCUCAUGUUCUCUGGACUGUAUGAACUCGGAGCUUGCCAAAGGCUUCCAGGUAUGAAAUCGAGCCCGGUUGGUGCACAAAGCACUAUGCAAGCGACUGUGACCAGCCAACCUCGAAUUUAGACUUGCCUCUCCCUUGUAAGUUCGUAGCACAGGACGCUUUCGCUUUCAUUUUUGUUUCCUCACUGUUUAUUCUCGUCUUUGCCGGUAGCUUCGGUUUAAGUCAAUGGCUCAACAGUGGUAUGUUUUUGGAAUUCAUUUUGAGAAUGUGAUCCGUGCAGGCAGGAGUGCCGAACAGGAAAGUUGUCCAAGCUCAGGAAGAGCGUUGGCGGCCGAGAGGCACGUCUUUUGUACGUGUCUGGCUUCAGGAUACGUGAUGAGAAGAUUCAGCGGAUCAUGCAGCGUCGACUGUCCCUGUCAAGAAGUAGCUCGUAAGUUACGUUGCCGGUUUUUCUUUCGAUUGGCUUGAUAAUUUGUUAGCUAACAAACAUGCCCCUUAUCUGGUUCUUUUGAUCUCGGAUCAAUCGAUCCAGUGAUGGUGGCUGCGGUCAAUUUUCUCUAGUUGUUAAGCUACCGAUUUCGUGGCUUUA